CUGUAGCCAUUGAACAGCAACGUGGUGGUACAUCCUAGUGGUGGCUGAAAGCAAUGGGCUGAACCUCUGCUUGGGGGUUAACUCUCACACACAGCGCAGUCCCCCACACACACGGAGCCAUGCGCAGCACCGAGAGACCGACGCUUCUCCCGGGCAGAAGAUGACUCCAAAGUUGGCUUCGAUUUGAACCGGUGAGCUCGAGCGAAACGAAGACGGCGGCUGAAGUUUUAAAAUUGGACCACGAGCGCUGUUUGUUUGUUUAGUCGCCAAACGGCCGGGGAAAAAAAAGAGAGAGGCACUUUCGGAGAGCGCACCGAGGCGAGCGCGCAACCGGGAGCUACGGCGAGAGGAACUUGGUCGCGAGCGCAGACGCGGACGCAGACGCCGGCGCCACGUCUCUUUGGUGGGACAAACGAGCUUCUGACCACACUGACACUCAUACCGUCGCCCGCAGGAGGACUCCCACUCAUCGCGGCGGCGCUUUCUCGGAAGACGCGCGUCAAAGUUUGAAGAGCGGCGCCGCGCGUUUAAAACGCGAGAAACGCGCAUACGCUUUAUUGCUUUUGUCAAGAACUUUACUCAUCCUGUCCACCGCCGUCGAGCCGCCACUCGACCGAGGAGAUGUCCGGCAGGGGAAAACUUUCGCGUCCCGAGACGCCUCGGCGAGCGUAAACGUCGCCUCGUCUGCGUCCAAAGUCAGAAAGUUGCCGCGUGCGAAAGAACUGAACCCAAGACCUCAACACAGACGUUCACGCGACGCCGCCGCCUGAAGUUUUGGGCUACAAAUGGGAUCAUAAAGGUCGCGGUGAUGAAGAUGAAAGAUACUUCGUGAAGAAAAGCCGGCGUUGAAUCCUGAGCACUCGUGAGUCGGUGCGCUGCGCGAGAGGAGGGGGGAAACAGUCUGACGUUCCCGGCUGAAGACCCCCCCACGCGCUGGGCAUAACAAGAGAUUUGGCGUGUUGUGCUGUUGGGGGAGGCUGGACAGUAAAGAGAAAAGAGACGGAUAAACUCCGAGAGUGAAGCGGCUAAUUGCUUGGCCCGUCCCCCAUUACCAUAUCCAAUGCGCGUCCGCUGGACUCCAGCCAAUCCUCACCACCUUUACACGGUGCCAUUAAUCGCGAGGCAUUAUUCACUAUCAUAAUUAUUACACCGACAUGCGCAAUCCGACGCACGGCACCAGCAGCCACGGCAGCCGCACCGGCUAAUUUCAGAUCCCCCCCCCCUCCGCUCCGCGCCACUUCGCCAGCAGACUGUUUGCGAACUUUUGUGCGUGUUGCGUGCGCGUGUUGAUUCGCUCGCUCUUCGCUGAUGUAUCUGCAAAACGCAGAGGCAUCCCGGAGCGCACGAGCAGCAGCAACAGCAGCAGCAGCAGCAGCAGCGGCAGCGGCGGCAGCAGCGCCCGCACCGACGCCAGCAGCAUGUCCCGACGCAAGCAAGCCAAGCCGCAGCACCUCAAGUCGGACGAGGAUCCAGCGCUGAGCGGGGUGAUUUCCGAGCACGCACGAGGUGAUGCGCUGGACGAUGCCGAUAGCGGGAACGAGAGCCGCAGCGGCAGUGAAGAAACCCAUGUAUGUGAGAAGUGUUGCGCUGAAUUCUUCAAGUGGUCAGACUUCUGUGAACAUUUAAAGAGCUGCACUAAGAACCCCCUGGUGCUCAUAGUGAAUGAUAAUGAGGACACACCUAACCCCUCCCAGGAAUAUCCAACAGAGCCUUCCCCUGUUCCCAGCUGCCCUAGUGAACAGGCCGACAGCGAGGACCCCAGGGAGGGCAGCCACAGUCCUGCUGGUGAGGGUGAUGAUGUCCCAGAGACAGGGACCUUAAAUGGGCUAAAUGUCCUAGAAAAGGAGGACGAGCAGAUGGAAGUAGAGCUUUCUCCUGACAAAACAAUGGAUCCUGACGAGAGAGACGUGACAUCCCCUGAGCCAGACGGCUCCCUACCUCAACUCCAUGAUGUCGGGCCCUCCACUGUUACAAGCUACACCAUGCCAAGCACCAAUGUUACCUUGGAGACACUGCAUGGCACCCGGGUCGCGGUAGCCCAGUUCUCGCAGAGCGUGAGGGCGGCAGCAGGCACUGGGGUUUCCACCAUGGCCAUUCCCAUGAUCCUGGACCAGUUGAUGGCCCUGCAGCAGCAGCAAAUACACCAGCUGCAGCUGAUAGAACAGAUACGCAGUCAGGUGGCGCUGAUGAACAGACAGCCUGGCUCACAGACUUCUCUUAGCCACCAUCACAAUGCUGCUGGAAACCAGGGGUCUGUCACAAAUCAGCUCCAGCUACACAACUUCAUCACUCCUCCCAUCCAUCAGCUGCCCGUGAGGUUGCCGGCUACUCUCCCUGGUCAAGGCCCUUCGUCUCUGACCUCAGCAAUAGAAGGGUCACUCUCUCAAACAUCGCAAAGUGGCAGUCAGCAGUCUGGUUCUUCAAUGCCGAACUCAUCCUCGAGUAAUUCAGUGUUUCCCCAGCCCGGUGGUACUGGACUGUCAUCUCUACUUCCUUCCUGCUCGUCCUCACUCACAAACAACAACAUUAGCACCACUACCACAAGUGGUGGAAUCAGCAGCAUCAGCUCAGCCCUUUCCAGGAACUCCACCUCCCCUCCUUCCCUCAGUCACAGUAGCCUUCUGAGCUCUGCCUCCAGUCUACCACUGAUACCUCACAGCUCGUCCAGCAGCGUUAUCUUCCCUAACCCUCUGGCCAGCAUAGCAGCUACAGCGAACGCGCUGGACCCACUCUCCGCUCUCAUGAAGCACCGCAAGGGGAAGCCCCCGAAUGUGUCUGUGUUUGACACUAAGCCCAGCUCUGAGGACCCCUUCUUCAAGCAUAAGUGUCGGUUCUGUGCCAAGGUGUUUGGCAGUGACAGUGCACUACAGAUCCACCUGCGCUCCCACACUGGAGAGAGGCCAUACAAAUGUAACAUAUGUGGCAACCGCUUCUCCACCAAGGGAAAUCUAAAAGUCCACUUCCAGAGGCACAAAGAGAAAUACCCCCAUAUUCAAAUGAAUCCUUACCCGGUGCCAGAGUACCUGGACAACGUGCCCACAAGCUCAGGCAUCCCAUAUGGCAUGUCUUUACCCCCAGAAAAACCUGUAACCACAUGGCUAGACAGCAAACCCGUCCUCCCAACAGUGCCCACCUCAGUUGGGCUCCAGCUGCCUCCCACGCUACCGAGUAUGAUGGGAGGAUUUGGUGAGUCUCCAAGCCUCACUCCACUCAACAGAUCACCUCAAAGGCCAUCUCCACCGUCAAGCGAAUGUGCAUCUCUUUCCCCCAACCUUGUCAGUGAUUCCGGCAUGACCACUACUUCACCCUCCCCAAAACCAAGCUUAGGGAGUGACAUGCCUCCUCUCUUGAAACCUGAAGGUAUUCUUCUUCCGCCAAGCUGCUCUACCAGACCAGGGGAGAACACCACCACUACAACGACGGUAACUCAAGUGGUUCUUUCCACUACCAUCACCUCCACUAAUUCACUCAGCGGUGGGCAGGUCACUGAACCCGUCACAAGCCUAAACUCUGUUUCCAACCCUGUCUCCCAUCCUGUCCUUCCCAUGCUCUCAGAGCAGUUCAAGGCCAAGUUUCCCUUUGGGGGCCUCUUAGACUCUAUGCAAACCUCAGAGACAUCAAAACUGCAGCAACUUGUCGAAAAUAUCGACAAGAAAAUGACUGAUCCAAACCAGUGUGUCAUCUGUCAUCGCGUUUUGAGCUGUCAGAGUGCUCUCAAGAUGCACUACCGUAUCCACACAGGCGAGAGGCCUUUCAAAUGCAAGAUAUGUGGCCGAGCAUUUACAACUAAGGGAAACCUGAAAACACACUUUGGUGUCCACAGAUCUAAACCCCCGCUUCGUGUCCAGCAUUCAUGCCCUAUUUGCCAGAAAAAGUUCACCAACGCUGUUGUGCUGCAGCAGCACAUCCGCAUGCACAUGGGAGGGCAGAUCCCCAACACGCCAGUCCCUGAAAACCUACAGGAGAUGGACAAUGACCCCAUGUUUGAUGAGAAGAGCCUUGAUGCAAUGAGUAAUUAUGAUGAUGACCUUUUGGAUGAAAUGGAGCAGGCUAUGGACGAUGAAUCUGACUUAAAAGAGGGGGAUGUGGACCCGUCUAAACCUUACUCACCUGGGAGCUCCCCUCCUACUUCCAUCAUAUCAAGCAUCGCUGCAAUGGAAAACCAAAUGAAGAUGAUUGACUCCACUGUCAACAUGACCCAGACGUUUGGUCAGAAGCCUAUGCAGAACGGCAGUAGCUUUGGUGGAGAGACCGACUGCUUUACCACUGAUUCUUUGUCCGCGACAGGGGAUGCUGAAGGUCAAAGCCUGGGAAGCCCUGCUUUGUCGGAGUCCUCUGGCUCCAUGCAGCAUUUGUCCCCAGCUCACAGUCAUCCUGAGAGCCAGCGAUCUAAAUCCCCAGCUACACUCAACAAUAACAACGGUGGUGCCAUGAUAGCAGAGGAGGGCCACGAGAACAAUAUACCUGGCGUAACAAUAGUAAAGUCGGAAAAAUCAGAGACCCCAUCUCCUCUUUCUCUAACCGAAGGCACUGGAGCUCUUGAUCUGACUGCCACUCAACCCAGCAGGCACUUUAUCAAGGAGGAGAGCCACUUCAACAUGCUGUUUCUCAACAGAGACCGGGGGCUAAGUACACCGAAUCUGGCCAGCACCGCAUCCAACAUGAUCAAAAUGGAAAUGAACGGACACGUCAGCAAGUCCGUCUCUCUAAGCGACAACUCUCACCUGCCUAUCGGCAUCCAGAUUCCUGCUGCAGUGCCCCAGGCCACCAUGAACUCCAGCAUUAACCCCAUGCUGGCACCACCACCUCCACGCCGCACCCCUAAGCAGCAUAACUGCCACUCAUGCGGGAAGAAUUUCUCUUCUGCCAGCGCUCUACAAAUCCACGAACGCACACACACUGGCGAGAAGCCUUUUGCCUGCUCAAUUUGUGGAAGGGCUUUUACCACAAAGGGCAAUCUCAAGGUUCAUAUGGGUACACACAUGUGGAACAACGCUCCGGCCCGAAGGGGUCGGCGAUUGUCUGUGGAGAAUCCCAUGGCCCUGCUGGGCGGGGAUGCCAUGAAGUUCAGCGAGAUGUUCCAGAAGGAUCUGGCGGCUCGGGCCAUGAACGUUGACCCAGGCUUCUGGAACCAGUACGCAGCCGCUAUCACAAAUGGCCUGGCCACGAAAAACAAUGAAAUCUCUGUUAUCCAGAACGGAGGCAUCACCCAGCUGCCCGUUAGCCUCGGCGGUACAGGAAUCACUUCACUGGGAGCCAUACCGGGAGGAAUGGACCGUGUUCACACUGGUGGCAGUCCUCCCAUGACGGCGAUGGAGAAGACUGGCCUGGAGGUUGGAGCCAGUCGGCCCUUUUCCAGAUUUAUGGAGGAGAACAAAGAGAUUGGGAUCAAUUGAAAACACUUUUCUGUAUUAUUUCAAGGUAGGCGCUUUGCAAAGACUAAGAGUUUGAUGAAGAGAGAACAAAACUGUUGAUCCAGUAUGAACUCAUGCAUUAUGUACAGAUGAAAUAUUUUUUGUUUGUUUUUGGAAACAUAGUAUUUAGUAUUGAUUAGAAGUCUUUGCCUUCCACCCCCUCCCUCCCCACUUGAUAUUUCGCCUAUACAAAGAAUACUGUCUCUUGUUUGAGAAUAUGUCGUCUUGCAAGAUUUGCAUGGUACUUAUUGGUUUUUAUCAGUACGUUUGACUGCUUUUAUGAAUUUUCUUUGAAAACCAGGAUCCUGCCUCAUUUAUGAUGAGCAAGCAUCUAAUGUGGACUGUACUAAAACAGAAAAGAACAGAGGUUUGUUAAAAGUAUGGCCUUUGUCUAAUGAACCUUGUUUCUGAUUGCUCUUUUACAUAGAAAAGGCUCAUGGAUAGGCUGAAGAAAAGACUGAAGUAUAGUGUUUCUGUGCUCGCCUGAUAUUUUUUUCUCAUGAACUAGAAAACUUGAAAAAAAUAAUGUUUGAACUAUUUUAACCUUUACAUUUAGUCUCCCAGCAUUGUCUUAUACUAUUGUCCUGUGUCUUUAGUAUUUAUGAUAUUGACAAAAAAGCGGGUAUACAAAAAUAUAUUUAAUGGCCCAAACAUUUUAUUGAUCUUUUGUUUUCUAAACUGCAGGCUUCGCUGAUCAAUAUCUCAAUAAAGACAAUAUGUGAUUUGAUUUGAAGAACAGAGAAAAGUUGUAGGUUUUCUUUGGAUAUCUAUCGAGACCAUGUGUACGUUGUCAAAUGGUGAAGAAGCUAGAGAUAUUCGAAGCUGCUAUGACCACAGCCCUACUUUUAACCUUUGUAAAAGAAAAAAGAAAUGAUCCUUUUGAAGAAAUAUCUAUGUAUAGAAAUACAGACAAAUCUAAAACAGGUAUGCAUAUUUUGUAUCACAUAAAAAUAGACAUCAUGAGUUGAGAGUAUUUGUCAUGUUUGUGAAUGCACUUUUUAAAAACACGACGUUUUGUCUGUGAGUUACCGUUAACCUUUUGACUGAGCUAUCUAUCACAUGCUG